AUGAUUUUCUCUCGUGAACUGAUCUGUAUUGAAGGAAGGAACUUGCAAGUAAGUAAGGACUUGAAGUGUGUGAAAUGCUUGAGCCCGGACCCUAAAACCAGUGCGGGAGAGGCUGAUGGAGAACACAAUAUUGUUGAGGGCCCAAGCCCUGGUCAUGUAGAAGCUUUUCGACCCACCACACCAGGUCACAGUCCCGGAGUUGGCCAUGCUGUUCACAACUAG